GUGGUAGUUGCGGUGUAGGUGGUAGCGAUCGUAGUUUGCCGUAGUAGCGGCAAGCGGCUCCCCGGUGCAGGCGCCGCGUGCCGCUCGGUGAUUAGGUGGCUUGCUGUUGCCUUGGUAACGAGCUGCUGCUACUGCUGCUGCUGCACCAGUGGGAGGGUUCGCGUGGAAACGCGGAGACGGCGAGAAGCGGCGGCCGCUGUGGCCUCCGCACGGUCGCUCCGGCAACGACGUGGCCCGCCGCCUGUGAGGCCGGCAUCGCCAACAUCGUCCUCAUCAUCACGAUCAUCACAUUGUCACCUCGAUCAUCGAUAUGGAUGUGGUCACGAUUACCGUCGUCGGUAUCGACAUCACCGUAAUGUUCACAAUCAUCGGCGGCACCUUCAUCAUCAUCGCCACCAUCGCGACCACUACCGCCACCCGCGUGCGUGCGGAGCGCAAUGCCUGUAGCAGCAAUCUCGCUGUGUCGCUCGCUGGGUGCCGUUUGACCGUGCCGCCUGCGUCUCUGCCGCUUUUGUCCGCACUGCCCUCAAUGCUCAUGCGCGUGUGGGUGUGGUGCGGGCAUCUGUUUUUGUGUGUAUACAUGUGCUGCGUGUUUGCACGGUUGUGCGCGUGUGUGCGUGUGUGGGUAUGUGCACGUGGCUGCAUGUGCAGCUGUAGCCUGCCUGUGUAGCCGCGUGUGUAUGUGUUGUUGAGACGGUGUGGCUGUAGCCGUGUGUGUGUUGCUGUUGCCAUGGUGUGGCUGCAGCCGCGUGUGUGCACGUGUGUGUCCACGCAGCCGGACGCCGUGCGUGUCGUUGGGCCGCCGUGGCCUCGUCAGCAUGCGGAAGUGCGGCCCGCACUGUCUGGGCCUCGCGUCCUUUGAAGCUCGUUACAAAACUGAACCUCCGCCACCACCGGCCCUGUCGCAGCGCAUGCCACCCCGGGACGCAGAACCCUGAAGACGCAGCACGGGCCAAGGCAUCAAGGUCCUCCGCGUGACUUCGCCGCCCCCUCGUCGCUCUCCUCACUCCAGCGCCACCCCCACUCCGUGUCCCCGCCUCCCGGCCCCCCCCGGCUCCUCUCUCUCUCUCUGUCCGUUUCACUGUGACUCCCUCUUUUUCCGUUUCACUCUUUGUCUCUCUGUCAUUGUCUCGUUCUCUCUGCCUCUUCGGCUCUCUCUCUCUCGAUCUGUUUCCCGCCACCCCUCAAUUUUCGUCUCGCUCCCUCUCUGUCUCUGUAGUUCUGUCUCUCUGUCGCCCUCUGUCCAUCUUUCUGCCCGCCGGCCCGGCUGCGUCGCCGUGGCGAUGCCUCCCCCGCAGGACGUGGUGAAGGUCGCCAUCCAGUACCUCGACCAGUUCCCGCUCUUCAUCGAGAUCGACCAGAAGAAGCCGCUGAGCGCCAUCGUGCAGGAGGUGUGCGAAACAUGGAAGCUGCCAGACCCGGCGCAGUUCACGCUGCAGUACGGAGACGGCACGGAGUUCUACAUAACAGAGAAGAAUCGCAACGACGUCAAGAAUGGAGCGAUUCUCAAGCUCGCCGUGUCACAGGAGCGCAUGGCGCGGGAGCUGCACGAGAAGCUGCUCUCCACCAGCAUGGAGGCGAAGCUGGAGGCCGUGAAGAGCCUCGCCAAGCUGGCCGCCGACCCCUCCUUCGCCCACGAGUUCAUCGCCCGCGACGGCAUCGCCGCUCUCACGCAGAUGGUGGACGUCGAACGCUAUGUGAAACUGCAGAAGAUGAUGAAGGCGUGUCUCGGGGAACUCCUGGCCUUCACGCUAACUGCCUUCCUGGAGCUUAUGGACCACGGAAUCAUCUCAUGGGAUAACCUGACAGUCAGCUUCGUCAAAAAGAUCGCGAGCUACGUGCGUGCCCCCAACCUGGACGCGACGCUGCUGCAGCGCUCUCUCGCGAUCCUCGAGUGCAUGGUGCUCAACAGCCUCAACCUCUACUCCGUGGUGUCGCAGGAGAUCACCGUCGGGCAGCUCAUCAACCACCUGCAAGUGUCCAACCAAGAGAUCCAGACGAACGCGGUGGCGCUGCUCAACGCGCUGCUGCUCAAGGCUCCCGAGGAGACCAAGCAGCUGGACUGGAUGCUAGAGAUGAGUGAGGAGGACCCCGGUAGGGUUCUCACCGCCCCCUUGACCGAGCUGGCCAACAGCCCCUGCCAGAAGCAACUUCGCACGGUUAUCCUCAACUCGGUGAUCCGGGGCCAGCAGAUUGUGGGCACGGAGAUGGCGCACCAGCUCUACGUGCUGCAGGUGCUGUCGCUCAAUCUCCUGGAGGAGCGGAUGAUGACCAAGAUGGACCCACAGGACCAGGCCCAGAGGGACACACUGUUCGAGUUGUGCCGCAUCGCGUUCGACGCGGAGGCGGAGGCCGCGAGCGCCCCCGGGGGAACGCUCGACCGGCGCAAGGGAGUUUACUCCAAGGACUACAAGAAGCUGGGCUUCACGAACCACGUGAACCCGGCGCUGGACUUCAUGCAGACCCCGCCGGGCAUGCUGGCGCUGGACAACAUGAUCUACUUUGCCAAGCACCACACGGACCCCUACGUGCGGCUAGUGCUGGAGAACAGUUGCCGUGACGACAAGCACGAGUGUCCGUUUGGGCGCAGCAGCAUCGAGCUGACAGGGAUGCUGUGUGAGACGCUGCACGUGGGAGAGCCACCCACGGAGACCGGCCAGGACUUCUGUCCCAUGUUCUUCACGCACGAUCGCGCCAUGGAGGAGAUGUUCUGCGUCUGCAUCCAGUUGCUCAACAAGACUUGGAAGGAGAUGAGGGCGACAUCGGAGGACUUUGGGAAGGUGAUGCAGGUGGUGCGUGAGCAGAUCGUGCGAGCGCUCGUCGCGAGGCCCAAGUCUCUCGACCAGUUCCGCAACAAGCUGCAGUCGCUGAGCUACACGGAGAUCCUGAAGAUCCGCCAGACGGAGAGGAUGAGCCAGGAGGAGGGCGACUCCCACACCGCGCCCAUCGUGGAGCUCAGGGAGAAGCUGCAGCCGGAGAUCUUGGACCUGAUCAGGAAGCAGCGACUCAACCGGCUGUGUGAGGGGACGCUGUUCCGCAAAAUCAGCAGCCGGCGCCGCCAAGACAAGUACUGGUACUGCCGGCUCUCGCAGAACCACAAGGUGCUGCACUACGGCGACGUGGAGGAGGGGACGGGUGUUCCGUCUAUCGAAGCCCUGCAGGAGAAACUGGCCAUCGCCGACGUGAAGGCGGUGGUGACAGGGAAGGACUGCCCCCACCUCAAGGAUAAGAGCACCCAGAGGCAGAACAAGGAGAUGCAGGACCUGGCGUUCUCCAUCCUCCACGACCCCGACGAGGCCCUCAACUUCAUCGCCCCCAACAAGUACGAGUACUGCGUGUGGACGGACGGGCUGAGCGCCCUGCUGGGAAAGGAGAUGGGCAGCGAGUACACGCGCACCGACCUGGAGAUGCUGCUCAGCAUGGAGAUCAAGCUGCAGCUGCUGGACCUGGAGAGCAUCCCCAUCCCUGAGACGGCGCCGCCACUCCCCAAAGAGCCGAGCAACUUCGACUUUGCCUAUGACUACAGCUAG